AUGGAACCAUGGCGUUCGCAUGAUCCAUUGACGCCCGUGCCGCGUCAGCAGCCUUACCGUGUCUACCGCAGACGAUUCAUUGGACUUACGCAACUGGUGCUUUUGAACAUCGUAGUGUCUUGGGACUGGCUCACGUUCGCCUCGGUCUCGGGAACUUCUGCUUCAUUCUUUGGCGUCAGCGAAAGUGCGAUCAAUUGGUUGUCUACGGGCUUCUUGUUCGCCUUCGUCCCAAUGGCUCCCAUUGUGAUCUGGACCUUGAACAAAGGUGGCCCUAAGCGCUCCGUCUUGGUCGCUAGCGUUCUAGUCUUCGUCGGUAACUGGAUUCGCUACGCUGGUACUCGGGCGACAUCUUCGGGACACGGACGCUUCGGUAUAGUGAUGUUUGGUCAGAUACUCAUAGGUUUUGCGCAGCCAUUUGUGCUCGCAGCACCUACUCGCUUCAGCAAUCUAUGGUUCUCCGAUAAGGGGCGCGUCUCAGCGACAGCUGUUGCAUCCCUAGCGAAUCCUUUUGGUGCAGCAUUGGGACAGUUAAUUGCACCACUUUGGGCUACCACGGAAUCUGGGAUCCCAGAUAUGGUCCUAUACACCAGCAUCUUGAGUGCCGCAGUCUGCCUUCCUGCUCCAUUCAUACCUGCCGCACCACCGACACCUCCAUCUUCCAUAGCCGCCUCAGAGAAGCUGGACUUGACACGAGCCUUCCAUGACUUGCCACGAAACGGCUCCUUCUAUCUAAUCCUGUUACCGUUCAGCGUAUACGUCGGCUUCUUCAACGCCGUCUCCAGUUUACUGAACCAGAUCCUGGAGCCAUACGGCUUCUCAGAGACCGAUGCUGGUAUUGCUGGAGGCCUGCUCAUUAUCGUCGGUCUCGUCGCUUCUGCAAUCGUCUCACCAAUCGUAGACCGGACGAACAACUUUCUCGCGACUAUCAAGACGCUCGUCCCUAUUAUCGCUAUCAGCUAUAUUGUACUCAUCUUUAUGCCCGCCACCCGCUCUCUCCCCGGCCCAUAUAUCAUCUGCAGCAUUCUUGGUGCAACGUCUUUCAGUCUGCUUCCGUGUGCUUUAGAGUAUCUGGUCGUCGUCACGCAUCCGGUCAGUCCAGAGAUCACGAGUACAAUAAGCUGGACAGGCGGCCAACUCCUUGGUGGUAUCUUUAUCGUCAUUAUGAACGCUUUAAAGGGAGGCAGGGCCGGCGAACCGGAAGGUAGCAUGGCUCGAGCACUGGUGUUCCAGGCGGUUGUCGCGGCUGCCGUCGUGCCAGCUCCCAUGUUGCUUGGCACCAGCUGGUUCAAGAGAAAUGGACAGGAAGCAAUGCAGCUGUCGUAUUAG